GAUUCACUUCUAAAGAGAUAAUUUAGGCAGCACUAGGAUAUAAAAUGGGGGACAAUGAGAGACAUAAGAAUAAGUUCUCGGAGCCUAAAUCGCUUAGGAAAGUUUUUGUAGGAGGGAUCAAUUAUACAACUACUGAUGAAACUCUUAAACAACAUUUUGAACAAUACGGGACACUAGUAGAUUGCGUUGUUAUGAAAUUCCCAGACAAUCAGAGGUCUCGAGGAUUCGGGUUUGUAGAAUAUUCCUCUCUAGAGGAGGUGGACGCAUGUCAGGCUGCUCGUCCACACAACCUAGACAACAAGACGGUAGAGACGAAACGUGCUACUCCUAGGGACGAAUACUCAAGACCAGGGCUUGCACAUGGACAGAGCGUGCAAAAACUCUUCAUCGGUGGAAUCAAGGAUGGAGUUGAGGAAGAGGAUAUGCGUGAGUUCUUCUCUAAAUAUGGAACUAUCACUGAUCUAGUCAGGAUGAAGGAUAAAGAGACAGGACGUAAGAAAGGAUUUGGAUUUGUUGAAUUUGAUGAUUAUGAUCCCGUGGAUAAACUUGUACUUACGGCUCCACAUAUGAUCAAGGGGUACAAGAUCGAUGUCAAGAAAGCUCUCCCUAAAGAAGAGAGCAGGAAGAUGAAGGAGCAGGGAGGGGGAGGAGGAGGAUGGGGGGACAACUCAGGAGGCAGGGAUAGAGGUUUCGAUGGCAGGCAAGGAGGAUUUGGAGGACGGCAGCAGGGUGGAUUUGGAGGCAAGCAGGGAGGAGGCUUCGGAGGCCAAGGAGGUGGAUUUGGAUCAUUUGGAGGAGGAAAUAGUGGAGGCAUGGGUGGAUUCGGAGGCAUGAGUGGCAUGGGUGGAGGUGGUAUGGGUGGAAUGGGAGGCAUGGGUGGUAUGGGAGGUAUGAACGCUAUGGGAGGUGGUGGCAUGGGAGGAAUGGGAGGUGGUAUGGGAGGCAUGGGAGGAGGCGGUAUGGGAGGCAUGGGAGGUAUGGGAGGCAUGGGAAAUGGAGGUGGAUUCGGCGGAUUUAGCGGCGGAAAUCAAAGUAGUUGGGGCGGAGGAGGCGAGCAGGGAGGCUGGGGCGGAGGAUAUGGAGGAGGCGGAGGACCUAUGAGAAACGGAGGUGGUGGAGGCGGGGGAAGCGGAGGAGGUGGAUUUAGUGGAAGCAUGGGAGGCGGAGGAGGUAGUGCUGGUGGUGGAGGACGUGGAGGUCGAGGAGGUCCAUAUCAGGGCGGCGUUGGUGGUGGCGGAAGAGGGCGUGGUGGAGGUCGUGGAUUCAGCCGAGGUCGUUAACAAAUCCCUCCCAUCAAUCACCGUUCAAUGUAUUAAUCUUGUUCCUGUUUUUUUCCAGUUUUGUAAUCUCCCUCUGUAAAUAUAAUUGUACCGCAUUUUAUUUAAUAAACGUUAUGAAAACGAUUAA